GAUCCUUCCCUAAAUGUGGGCAGGUGAGGCUGGGCGGUGAAGACCAGUAUGGACCUGGAUGUGCUGAACAUGUUUGUCAUCGCUGGCGGCACCCUGGCCAUCCCCAUCCUCGCCUUCGUGGCCUCCUUCCUCCUCUGGCCCUCAGCGCUCAUCCGCAUCUACUACUGGUACUGGCGCCGAGCCUUGGGUAUGCAGGUUAGAUAUACAAACUACGAUGACUAUCAGUUUUGUUAUUCCUAUAGAGGGAGACCUGGAUACCGCCCGUCCAUCCUGAUGUUACAUGGGUUCUCAGCCCACAAAGACAUGUGGCUGUCUAUAGUCAAGUUCCUGCCAAAGAACCUGCACUUGGUGUGCGUUGACAUGCCCGGGCAUGAGGGCACAACCCGCUCGGCCUUGGACGAUUACUCCAUUAGCGGGCAAGCUAAGAGAAUACACCAGUUCGUGGAGUGCAUCAAGCUGAACAGAAGGCCCUUUCAUCUGGUUGGCACUUCCAUGGGGGGAAAUGUUGCUGGCGUCUAUGCUGCUCAGUACCCAGAGGACAUUUGCAGCCUGACCCUCAUCUGUCCUGCAGGCCUGCCGAGUACCACUGACAGCAAGUUCAUUAAGCAGCUGCGGGAGCUGCAAGAGUCCGAAUGCAUCGACAGGAUCCCUUUAAUUCCCUCGACUCCCGAGGAGAUGGCAGAUAUGCUGAAGCUUUGCUCCUACGUUCGCUUCAAGGUGCCGCAGCAGAUCCUUCAGGGCCUUGUUGACGUUCGCAUCCCACACAAUGAUUUUUACCGGAAACUGUUUUUAGAAAUCGUGGAUGAAAAGUCCAGGCACUCUCUCCAUGAGAACAUGAGCAAGAUCAAAGCGCCGACGCAGGUCAUCUGGGGAAGGCAGGACCAGGUCCUGGAUGUUUCUGGUGCCAGUGUUUUAGCGAGCGCUAUCCCGGACUGCCACAUGUACAUCCUGGAGAACUGCGGGCACUCGGUGGUGGUGGAGCGGCCCCGCAAGACGGCCAACCUCAUCCUGGAGUUCCUGGCGCUGCUGCACAGCACGGACAACAACAAGAAGCAGGCGUGAGCGUGGCGGGGAGCCGAGCGCCCACAUCGGGUCUUUUAAAUUGUAAAGUACUGCAGCUUUGAUAAGUUCUCAGGGAUCUUGUACGAAUCGGGGUGAAUGUGCCAAAGUCCCUGAGGAAGGCAGAAUCAUUGAUACCUAAACCUAUAGCACCGCCGGCACAGCGACCUAGGGGUCAUUGAGCAACCUCCAUAGAUACAGGAACGGAAGCAGAAUCUCUCCCUUUUCUACUUAGAGAUAAAGUAGAAGCGAGCUGAAAUCACCAAGCGCUAGCCAUGCCGUGUGCUGAAGCUCCUUACGCAGCCACCCAUCUUACCCAAAUUACCGGCACGUAGUUGUUAAUGACAUUUACCUAAACUAAAUAAGAAGCGUAGGAAGAAGGAAGCAUCCUGGACUGAGACUUAUAAUAUUUCUACUUCUU